GAAAAUGGGUGGGUGGGUAAUCGUUGAAUGUGAAAACUAUGCAACUGUGCUUUUGUUCGAGACUCCUCCCUGAGUUACAAAGUUCACUUUGUAAAAUGUUUGCUUUGUGAACAGCUGCUUGUAGGCUUUUGUUACAGACUGAGCGAGAUCAGAGACAGAACAACAGCUCCUUCCACUUGGUGGAGUCAGCAUGGUGAAACGAGUUGCCAUCAUUGGGGCUGGUAACAGUGGACUCACUGCUACAAAGUGCUGUUUGGAUGAAGGCUUGGAACCUGUCUGCUUUGAGAGGUCCGAUGAUGUUGGGGGCCUAUGGAAUUAUCAGGAUAAAGCAACCAAUCAGAAGGCCAGCAUCUACAAAUCUGUGAUUAUCAAUACCUCUAAAGAAAUGAUGUGCUUCAGUGAUUUUCCAAUCCCUGCACAUUAUCCAAACUACAUGCAUAAUUCCAAGAUUAUAGAAUACUUCCGGCUUUAUGCUAAGCAUUUUGAUCUGCUGAAGUACAUACGGUUUAAGCAUAAUGUAUGCAGCAUGAAGAAGCGAGCAGAUUUUUCCUCCUCUGGACAGUGGGAUGUUGUAACAAGAGACGGCGAGGACAACCUGGAAUCAGCCAUUUUUGAUGCAGUUCUGGUCUGUACUGGUCACCAUUCAGACCCCAAUUUACCUCUGAAUUGUUUCCCUGGCAUUGAAAAGUUCAGUGGCCAGUACAUGCACAGCAAGGAAUAUAAGGAUCCGGGAGCCUUUGAAGGAAAAAGGGUGAUUGUAAUUGGAAUUGGAAAUUCUGGAGGCGACCUUGCUGUUGAGAUUAGUCGGCAUGCUAAACAGGUAUUUCUUAGUACAAGAAGAGGUUCCUGGAUACUUAAUCGUGUAGGACAAAAUGGAAUCCCUGCGGAUGUGUAUUUCAGCACUCGCUUCAAUGUGUUAAUCCAAAACAUGUUACCUGUGUCUGUAUUAACUUGGCUAGUGGAAAGAAAAUUGAAUGAACGAUUUAAUCAUGCAAACUAUGGUCUACAGCCUAAGCACAGGUACGUUAGCCAACACCCAAUGGUCAAUGAUGAUUUACCAAAUCGAAUUUUAUCAGGGACUCUUCUGGUGAAACCCAAUGUGAAGCAGUUUACUGAGACCGCUGCUAUCUUUGAAGAUGGAACCGUGGAGGAAGACAUUGAUGUGGUGAUAUUUGCAACGGGAUACACCUUCUGCUUUCCAUUUCUGGAUGAGGUUGUAAAAGUUAAGAACAACCAAGUUUCGCUUUACAAGUAUGUCUUUCCACCUCAGCUGGAGCAGCCGACACUAGCCUUCAUUGGUUACAUCCAGCCCAUUGGAGCCAUCAUGCCAAUAGCAGAACUUCAGGCACGUUGGACAACAAGAGUGUUCAAAGGCUUAGUUAAACUACCUUCUGAGAGCACUAUGAUGGCAGAGAUAUUGGAGAAGAAAGAAGCAAUGGCUAAAAGAUACGUCUGUUCCUCAAGACACACUAUCCAAGUGGAUUAUAUACCCUACAUGGAUGAAUUAGCUGAGCUGAUUGGAGUGAAACCCAAUGUAAAGGAGCUGCUCCUCAGUGAUCCACGUCUGGCGUAUGAGAUUUUCUUCGGCCCAUGCACUCCUUACCAAUACCGUGUGACUGGGCCUGGGAAGUGGCCAGGAGCCAGAGAUUCUAUCCUGACCCAGUGGGACCGAAUCAUCAAGGCAACUAAAACGCGUGUUCUCGCUGACAGUGAGGAACAGCCCUCGCUCACAGUGCUCCAACUGUUGGCUGUCUUUGUAGUAUUGGCAGCUGUUCUGUUUUUCUUUCAAUUUGCUUAGGCUGAGAAGUUCCUCUCAGAUCACCACUUCUUUCUAUUAGUUUGAGGUGGAAUUUAACAUAAAUGGAGACACCUGCCAUAACAUAACAUGUAGGAGCAUGAAUAGGCCAUUCGG